UCUAGAGCAGACGUCUGAAAAGAAUUCAGAGCCCAGCCAAUUCCAUGAGCAGCAACGACGUUGUAGAGCUGGAGAGUAUGACAGCCCCCCUGGCUGAGGGUUACAGCAACACCGGCUUCCAGUGGUGAACACGGCCUCAAGAAAUUAAGCCUGGACGUGAACCCAGAAAUGACGAUGGGACCCAGCCUUUUAUCAUAAUGCAGCACCAAUUAAUACAGAUAAUUUGCCAAUAUUCCUGAAAGCAGUCAUCCUAAGAUUCAUGAAUGAAGAUGACUUUGACGAAAGCCAGAACACAUCUGGAGACAACUCACUAAGGUGUAGAAUUGUGCAGAACAGAGAACACAAAGCCGCCAAGCAGGACGAAGAGCAAGUCACCAUUGAGCAGGAUUCUUUAAGAAACAAAGAAGAUGAGGAGGAUGAUCCAGAGACACAUCAAAAAGGGUAUCUGGAAAGGAAGUAUGAUACAGUUUGUGAUUUUUAUAAGAAACACAAAACCACCCUUUGGUACAUCAUCUGGGGCAUCUUACUACUAGGUUACCUGGCGAUGGUGAUUGCAGCUUGUGUGCUAAACUUUCAGAGAGCCCUUCCCCUUUUUGUGAUCACCGUGGCCGCCAUCUUCUUUGUGGUCUGGGAUUACUUUAUGGCCAAAUAUGAGCAUCGAAUCGAUGAGUGCCUGUCUCCUGUCAAAAGGCUCCUAAACAGCCAUUGGUUCUGGAUGAAGUGGGUGAUUUGGAGCUUACUGAUCCUGGGAGUUAUUUUGUGGCUGAUCUUUGACACUGCCAAAUUGGGUCAACAGCAGCUGAUUUCCUUCGGUGGGCUCAUAAUGUACAUUAUCCUGAUAUUUCUAUUUUCCAAGUAUCCAACCAAAGGACUGAAGACUUCAAACUCGGGAUUUGAAAGAGGGAAUGCAGCCCUGAGAUCUGGGGUCAUGAUUCUAUCAAGGGAUUCUCUGCUCACGACUGCUUUGGCCUCCCAAAGAAGGUGGAUCAUAGGCCACGUUUACUGGAGGCCUGUCUUUUGGGGAAUUGGGUUACAGUUUCUUCUCGGUCUCUUAAUCCUAAGGACUGACCCUGGAUUUAUGGCUUUCAAUUGGUUGGGCCAACAAGUUCAGACCUUCUUGGAAUACACUAACGCUGGUGCUGAAUUUGUCUUUGGUGAGACAUACGCAGACCACUUCUUUGCAUUUAAGGUCCUGCCAAUCGUGAUUUUCUUCAGCACCGUAAUGUCCAUGCUCUACUACCUUGGAUUGAUGCAGUGGAUCAUUAGAAAGGUUGGAUGGGUAAUGCUCGUGACUAUGGGAUCAUCUCCUAUUGAAUCCGUAGUUGCUGCUGGCAAUAUAUUUGUUGGACAGACAGAGUCUCCACUGCUAGUCCGACCAUACUUACCACACAUCACCAAGUCUGAACUCCACGCAGUCAUGACCGCUGGGUUCUCGACCAUUGCUGGAAGCGUGUUAGGUGCAUACAUUUCUUUUGGGGUUCCACCCUCCCACCUGUUAACCGCCUCAGUCAUGUCUGCACCUGCGUCAUUGGCCGUGGCUAAACUCUUUUGGCCUGAGACAGAAACACCUAAAAUAACCCUCAAAAAUGCCAUGAAAAUGGAAAGUGGUGAUUCAAGGAACUUCCUAGAAGCCGCAACACAGGGAGCAUCCUCAUCCAUCUCCCUGGUGGCAAACAUAGCUGUGAAUCUGAUUGCCUUCCUGUCCCUGUUGUCUUUUGUGAAUGCAGCCCUGUCCUGGUUUGGAAACAUGUUUGACUACCCACAGCUGAGUUUUGAGGUAAUAUGCUCCUACAUCUUCAUGCCCUUUUCCUUCAUGAUGGGAAUAGACUGGCAAGACAGCUUUAUGGUUGCCAAACUCAUAGGCUAUAAGACAUUUUUCAAUGAAUUUGUGGCUUAUGAACACCUCUCAAAAUUGAUCAGUUUAAGGAAGGAGGCUGGACCCAAAUUUGUGGAUGGUGUGCAGCAAUAUAUGUCGGCUCGUUCUGAGACUAUUGCCACCUAUGCUCUCUGUGGCUUUGCUAAUUUCGGUUCCCUAGGAAUAGUGAUCGGUGGACUCACAUCCAUGGCUCCUUCCAGAAAGCACGAUAUCGCCUCAGGGGCAAUGAGAGCACUGAUCGCGGGGACUGUCGCCUGCUUCAUGACAGCCUGCAUUGCAGGGAUACUCUCCAGCACCCCCGUAGACAUCAACUGUCAUCACGUUUUAGAGAAUGCCUUCAACUCCAGUCCACCUGCAAACACAACCAAUGUGGUAUCUUGUUGUCAAACUCUAUUGAACAGCACUAUUGUCAACGGCCCUGGUGAGGUCAUCCUAGGAGGGAACCACAGCUUGCCUUCUUUAAAGGGCUGCUGCAUGUUAUUGUUGCCACCAAUGCUGAACUGCAGCUGGAUCUCUGAGGCAUUUUGAGUUCAGCUACUUCUCUGAUGGAACUCCAGGAACUCUGCUUUGGCAAGGAAGAAAAAACAACAACACCAUUCUUCAUGGGUGGAUAUUUCCAUCAUGGAGUCAGCUUUAACUGGGAAGAGGAAAAACAGCAGUGAACUCUUCAGAUCUCCAGCAUCGUACUCCCCUCCUUCUUCCCUCCCUUCUGUAAACCCUUCCCCACUGAGAACUACUAUGAUAUCUCAAGAUGAGCUAUUGUCUCCAGUCCCAAAGAUGUUUCCUGACCUUAGAAUUUUAUGACAUUUUACCAGAAUGUAGGUCUAAAUGAUGGCUCACAACAAUGGGGUUAUGGCUCAGCCACACCCAGGGUGACUCACUACUAAAACAUCUCAGGGGAGGUCACUACAUUCACCCUGGCUGACCGGAAGUAGCCAGAACUUGAAUCUCACAUGGACAAGGAUCAAUCAUUUAUCACCCACUCAUUGCCUGCCCUGAGGAAGUCCUACAGAAAUCAAGAGCCCUUUAGAACAUUUAGACCAUUCUAAAACCAGGUUUUAAAUCCUGUAUGCCUAGAGAGUUAUGCCAGUCAUCUUACCCUAAAUUUUGCUGCAAUAAGAAAUAAGCCAAAAACCUUGGUGACUUACAAUUUAUUUUUCCCUUACACCUUAUGCUUAUUGAGGGUCAAUUUUGGCUGUAUUUCAUGUUGUCUUCACUUCCAGGACCCAGGCUAAAGAAGCAGCCACUAUGUGACGUAUGUCGGGAGAGGGGUAGAAAAAUGGUAGCUCUCAAAACCUCUGCUAGGAAGGACCCUUCACUUCACUACAUUCCAUUACCCAAAGCUAAGCAUAUGAUAAGCACGAUGUCAAUGGCUAUGGAUGAACUGAGUAUUUUGAAGAAAUGACAUGAUAUACUACAUGGAUGCAUGAUAACCCUGUCUCCCUUCAAGGAGUCAACCUGUCCUAUCACAGAAAGCCUACUCAUGUGUAAAUUUGGUUAUGUUUGUGGUGACAGGACUGGAAAAUGGUACUACUUUUUGGUCAAAAAGUCACUUAAGGACCUUUUGAGGAAGAAGAGUCCUGGUUGAGAUCUGAAACCUUCCACUGAUACUUCCAUUGUCCAGGAAAGCAUCAGCAUCAAAGCUGCUUACUGGGUAUCAAAACUUCUGAGAUUUAAUGUGUGUCAAAAGAAAAUUCCAGAGACAAUGGCAGGGUGCUCUUUAAUGAAAUGCUCAUCACCAAUUCUCUUAAUAGGCCAAAGACCGCAUUGUGUGAGAAAACACAAACACCAAUGACUGAGUCAAAAGGUGAUUCAGAAGAAAGAAAAAAAUGUGAAAAAGGUUUUGGAAUGCCUUAAGUAAUUUAUUUUAGUUAUGCUUUUCUUGUUCAUGCACAAUUUUUUGAAAUGUAUAUGUAAAUAGCUGAUUUGUGUGUGCAUGUGUGUGUGUGUGUGUGUGUGUGUGUGUGUGUGGCAGCAGAGGUGAAGGAUGAAAUGAAAUGCCCAAAGGACCCCUUA